AUGAACAAACCCAAGAUCGUUAGACCAGAGGAGAGCCAGCCUGCACAUGCAGUGUGGUUUGACAGGAAAAAAUAUGUCACCGUCAACUUCAGGGUGCAGAAACCAAGAGAUGUCCAAGUUGACAUCCAGACAGACAAAAUGAUUUUAUGCUGCAAGAAUGACACAGAUGAUGUGAUCUACAAUGAACUGUACUUCUAUGAAAAAGUCCAAAUUCACCCCAGUUGGAUUUCUGUAGAUUUUGAUAAUUGGAGGGAUUGGGAGGAUGAAGAAGAGGAUGGAAGGGAGGAGUAUGAAAAAUAUGUCGACAUGAUCCAAGAUAUGGCAACAUCUAAUAAAGGAGCAACACCAGACAUGGGGGAUCUAAGUGAUUCUGACUGA